AUGAGUAAUUAUGCUGAGACUUUCGUGGCUGAUGGGAAAGAUCAAAUAGCACUCCUUCUUGAGCAGCUCAUUUUUUUGAAACCAAUUAAGAAUGUGAUGGACAGAGAGGAAAUGGACAUAAGCUUUGUACAAAUUGAAUCACUUUUGAGGGAGAUAACAAGUUUAUCUUACUUGAAUCUUGCCAACAAAAGAGACGCAAAAGAGAUGAUCAAGAAAAUUAACCUUUCAUCUGUGCUGCUGCUAGACAAGUUGAAGCAUCGUAAGCGAAUGCUUAUUGAGAUUGGCCCCCAAUUUCCCUUGUUCGAGUUUCCCAAGACUCACAAACUGGGGUUCAUUGAUUUUCUAUACACAAACCUAGGGGAGCUGCUGAAAUAUGAUCCUGUGUCAAUUGCACCAUUGAAGCAUUAUGUUGAAGAGAUUCAACAACAUCUCAAGUCAUUGAGUUCAUUUCUUGUCAGUGUUUCAGAGUCGGAUAUGCAUGAGAAUCCAGAACUGAAAGAUGUUGGUGAUCGUGCUACUGAGAUAGCAUAUAAAGUGGAAUAUGUUAUUGACUCGAUUGUGGAUGAAGCUCAAUGGCAGCAUUUCUUCUGGUUUCAUCAUCAAUUAGAGGAGUUAAGACUUAUUAAUGAGCUGGCCACUGGAAUUCGCUUGACAUACUCUGAUGCCAAAGUCCCAAAAAGCAUUGUCUCCAGCGUUGCAAUCGAUAUGGUAUCGCAGGAGCGUGCAAGGGAAGUAAUCAAAGAAAUGGUGGUAAAUCUCAGUGAUGAAGAGCAGGUUAUAAUUGAUCAACUUACCAGAGGAUCCUCAAGGCGAGGUAUUGUUUCUAUUGUUGGAAUGCCAGGUCUUGGAAAGACAACAUUGGCUAGGAAAGUGUACAACAAUCAAAAUGUUACACGCCGCUUUCAUUGUCGUGCAUGGUGUUAUGUUUCCCAAGUAUAUGAGAAGAAGGAAUUACUGCUCAAGAUUUUACAUGACAUGCAUGGGCUUUCUGAUGAGAUUUGCCAAAUGACUACCGAAGAUCUUGAAUCAAAAUUGCGUCAAUGCUUGUUGAAAAACAAGUAUCUCAUAGUUAUGGAUGAUGUGUGGGAUGCUAGAGCUUGGAAUGACUUGCAAAAUUCAUUCCCAGAUGACAACAUUGGAAGCAGGAUUCUAAUGACGAGUCGUCAUUGUCACGUGGCCUUGGAAAUUGAACCAAAUGGUGAUCCUCAUUUACUUCGCUCACUUUUUGAGGAUGAAAGUUGGAUUUUGUUAGAAGGAAAGGUGUUCCAAGGAGAAGGUUGUCCCCAGGAAUUGUUGCCAAUCGGAAAGAAAAUUGCUCAAAGGUGUGGUGGGCUACCUCUAGCAACUGUUACAAUUUCAGGUCUUCUGCAAAGGACAGUGAAAAGUUGCAUAUCCCAACAGACAGAAAAGAGCAAAGAAUUUUGGGAAAACAUUUUAGAAAGCUUGAGUUCCGAAAUAAUGAGUGAUCCAGAAGCUCGGUGCAAUGAAAUCUUUGAACUGAGCUACAAGCACUUGCCAGGACAUCUAAGAGCAUGCUUUCUUUAUUUGGGUGUUUUUCUGGAAGAAAGAGAUAUUCCUGUGAGUAAAUUGAUACGUUUCUGGCUUGCUGAAGGUUUCAUUCCAAACACUGAAUCAAGGAGAUUGGAGGAUAUUGCCGAGGCAUACUUGGUGGAUCUAAUUAACAGAAGCCUAGUAAUAGUCUCCAAGAGAAGAUCCAACGGGCAGGUCAAAUCAUGUCGCCUUCAUGAUCUUAUACUUGUUUUCUGCAGAUCGAAGGCCAAAAGUGAGAAUUUCUUGCAGCUGUUAAUGAAGUCUGAUGAACCAUAUUCUUCUUUUCCUAGCUCAGAUUAUGGUUUUGAAUUUGAUUUUCACGAUCAUUUAGCUCCUGUAACAUAUAAGGCCUAUAGAUUGAGCAUUUUUCUGAAGCGAAAUCAUUUUGUUGAAUCAAGACCUUCUGGCCCGGGCACUCGGUCUUUGAUAUUCUUUGCCUCCACUGAUGCAGAGCCCAGAUGUCCCUAUGACAUCUCAUUCAUUUGUCACAACUUCAAAUUUCUUCGGGUGUUGGAUUUUGAAAGCAUCAAUAUUGGUGUCUCCUUUCCUGUUGAAAUUGGACUGCUGGUUCGGUUGAGAUAUUUAGCAGUGAGUGGGUACUUGCAGUAUAUCCCAAAAUCAAUAGCCAACCUCAGGAAACUAGAAACUUUGAUUGUGAAGGGGUUGCGUGGUAAGGUUGUCCUACCAAAAACUAUUUGGCAAAUGACAAGUUUAAGGCAUCUUCAUUUGAACAUUCAUGUUGCAUUCAAAUUGGAUGAUGAAGAGCUUGGAGGCUGGUAUCAGUUGGAAAAUUUGGUCAGCUUUUCCCGUCCAUCUCUUUCUUGUGGUGAAGAUAGUGAACAAGUAAUGAAGAGGUUUCCAUAUCUUCGCAAACUGAAAUGCAUUUUCUUCGAAUCACGGAAGUCUUCCAGUAAUUGCAAUCAAUUUCCAAGAUUAAGUUCUCUAACUCAUUUGGAGUCGCUCAAUAUUUUUUACUAUGGGAGGCCUAUUAAUACCACUGAAUUCAUUCUCCCGUCCAAUCUGAGGAAAUUGACUCUUUCAAACUUUCACCUACCCUGGAAUCGUAUCUCGGCAAUCGGGAAGCUACCAAAGCUGGAAGUUCUCAAGUUACUUUCUGGUGCCUUUGAGGGGCCGAUAUGGGACAUGGGGGAUGAAGAGUUCCAGGAACUUAAAUUCUUGAAGUUAGACAGUUUGAACGUUGCCCAAUGGAAUGCUUCUUGUGAUCACCUUCCCAAACUUGAACGCCUUGUCUUACAAAAUUGCAAAGAACUUGAGAAAAUUCCCCAUGAUUUUGCAGAAAUAUCUAUGCUGGAAAUGAUUGAGGUGCACUGGUGCGGACAAUCUGCAGAAAAUUCGGCAAAAGGGAUUGGGGAUUCAACUGGGGAGAUCAAAGUCCUAAUCAGUAGUUCAUAUGUUAGAUCGUGAACAUAUUAUGGAUUCCAUCAUUGCAAUCUUCCACUCAUUUGCAAGUUUUGUUAUGGAGAACAGAGUUAACGUUGUUAGCUGAGAAAGCUGGUUGCAUUGCUCCAGUAACAACGUGCAGCACCAGAAUGACAAUGGUAAUUCUCGGACGGAUAUAAUCUUUUCAAAAAAAGUGCACUUGCGAAGAUUGAAACUUGAGAGAGUCUCCUACUACAGACUAGUCUGCUCUGUUGAAUCACCAGUGCAACCAAGCGCUUCAUGCGAAUGACCCUGGAGAACUAUUGGGCAUUCCUUGAGAAAGAGGGGACUGAGUUUAGGGAUCUGUUGAAAUGCACUGGAGGUACAAAUAGGGGAGUCAGUUACAAAGUAAUUUGGGACCUACAGAGAUGUGCUACUGGGACAGAUCCAGUUAUUCUUGAUUUAAGAAGCAUGGGAAAAGGUCAGGUUUGGGCAAAUGGCCAUAAAAAAUACGCAGACAUUGCAUUCUUGCUGCUCCAAGAAAUGGUUUCAGAAGAACCCCGUCUCUAUGUGGGAAACCUGCUCAAGGCUUGUGUAAUCUGCUCCUUUAGUAGCACUAAUUUUGUGCAAUCCUGACAUAAAGAGUCAAAAACUUUUAUGCUGUAACAAGUUUAACAUUCUUUCUUAGUACAAUGAUGACAAUCGUUCCA